UUAAUUUGACAAUAUUUUAUUCUGCCUUCUUCCCUGCAACAGUGAUGGAUAAAAUAACGCUAACACCUCCAACCAAAACCACUCAGAAGGUAAUCAUUGCCAUAUUCAUGUUGUUAUCUUUUGUAUGUAUAUUCUCUGUCUACUACAAUCCAAACACAACCUUUUUCAAAUUCCCUGCUGUGGACGUCCAUACAAACAGCAGCUGUACAGAAACUUGCCUCAAUGUUUUGAAGAUGCAGAACUACGAAUGCAUUAUUAAAUACCCCUCAGACAAUCCAUCGACAACACCAGCGCUAAAUCCUGCACAGGCUGCUGCCAAAAAAGACGAUCAAGAAACCAUCCUGUUGAUCUGGGUGUAUCCUUUCGGAGCACGUUUUGACUUGGGUGUGUGCGGUUCACAGUACAACAUCCACGGCUGUCAUUUAACAGACGACAGAAGUCUGAUCCAGCAAGCACAUGGAGUUAUGUUUCACCACAAAGAUCUGAGUGCGGAUUUGCCACAACCCCCUCGACCAGCUUUCCAAAAGUGGAUAUGGUGGAAUAUGGAGUCUCCGAGUAAUUCCCAUCCAAACAGCUUGAUAAAUGAUCGGUUUAAUCUGACGUCAAGUUUCCGCAAGGAUUCAGAUAUUCCAGUGCCCUACGGUCGACUCAUUGACGCCACGGAUGAACAGAAAAACUUCACUAUCCCCAAAAAGGAUAAACUAGUUUGCUGGAUUGUAAGUAACUUUCAAGAACACCACAAGCGUUCACAGUACUAUAAUGAGUUGGUGAAACACAUUAAAGUGGAGGCCUAUGGAGGGCACUUCAAUAAUCGAAUUAAUGAUGAAGACUAUGAAAAUGUGGUGUCCAGCUGUAAAUUCUACUUGUCCUUUGAGAACUCCAUUCACAGAGACUAUUUCACUGAGAAGUUGUUCAAUCCUUUAGCGCUCGGUACGGUUCCUGUUGUACUUGGCCCGCCCAGAUAUAACUAUGAAGAGUUCAUACCUAAAGAUGCCUUCAUCCAUGUGGAUGAUUUCCCAUCUCCCAAGGAACUGGCAGAUCACCUUAAACUCUUGGACCAAAACGAGGAACAGUACAAACAGUUUUUCAGCUGGAGAAAACAUUUUGUUUCAAUAGGUUCAUCAUUUGGGCUUGAACAUGCAUGUAGGAUUUGUGAUUAUCUUAAAAGGAAUAAGCACUAUAUAGCCAUUAACGAUCUUGAAGGGUGGUUCUGGGGUUAAUGCGAUUGUUCACCCACUAAUGAAUAUUCUGUUAUUAAUUAUUCAGGUCAUAACUAACUCCUGAGACCCUCGUUCGUCUUCAGAAAACAAAUGAAGAUAUUUUAGAUAAAAUCCUGGAGCUCUCAGACUCUCUCAAGGGUCUCGAAAAAUGUCCAUAAAGGAACCAAUAAUAUUAUCAAAACAUUCCAUGUGACUACUUUUAUGAAGCUACAAGAAUGCACCAAAAUUAA